CUCCUACUCUUCUCACUUCAUUCCUCCCUCUUUCCAACUCGUUUGAACAACCAAGUGCAGCUUUCCUUCAUCAUCCACUCUCCCUAUAUUUCCGUUCAACUCUUGAUUCCUCUAUCGUACUUUUUCAUUUUGUAAUUUGUAGUUUUUUCCUCACAGCAUCUCGUCAACUAUCACAAAGAUUCGCCCUUCCUUUAAACCAGGCGUAUCCAUUAUAUUCGGCAUUUAACUGCUCCACCAUCAUGCCAAGGACUGCGAACUCUGCCGAGAGCUCUGCUCCUUGUGACGAGCCAGGCGCAGGCACAAGUUCGAUCUUUGAUGUGUCAGUCAAUAUCCUGAAUUGUACUGUGGGGUCAGGAAUUUUAGCCUUACCGUUUGCGCUCAAAGAGAGCGGGUUCGGACUUGGUCUUACACUAUCAGUCGUAGUAUCAGCUCUCUGCUGGUUUGCUCUCUAUAUACUCAUCAUCUCGGGAAAACGCAUCGGUGUAUACAAGUAUCCCGCUCUCUGUGAAGCAACUAUGGGCCCAUUUGGAAACUAUCUAUUAAAUGGAGUAAUGUUUUUCCAAUCGGUUGGUGCCUGCAUCACAUACUUGAUCGUCGUAGGAGAUACUAUUCCUGUAGUUUUGGAGCUCGCUGGGAUUGAAGCCACUCGACAAUGGACUAUUUUUAUCUCGUCCUUGAUCUUCAUUCUUCCUUGGCUCUUUUAUAGAUCGAUCGGAUCUCUGACCACGGUUUCGAUCGUCUCAGUGUUAACUCUUCCUCCCAUUUUGCUCAUUGUUGCUGUUCGUGGUUUUUAUUAUGCGCCUGAACAUAAGCACUCAUAUGAAUUCGUUGGUGAUAAUGUCUUCCCCGCAAUUGGAGUCAUGGCCUUUGCAAUGCUUUCGACUCAGACUGCAUUCCUCAACUUCACGACGAUGGCUCAGCCUACGCGCAAAGCAUGGGGACAGGCCACUGCAAUUGCUGUCUUCACUUCAUGGCUGGCCUCCUUUGUAUUUGCAAUCUUUGGCUUCGUUGCAUUUGGAGUCGAUGUCCAGGCCAAUAUCUUCAACUCCUUUCCCCUCACAGAUUACUAUAUCAAUUUGGGACGCGGUCUUCUCGGGUUCUCCAUGUAUUUGACAUUCCCACAAGCUUUCCUUCCUGCUCGUUCGUCCCUCCACAGUAUCCUCGGUCACGAAGACAACACAAAAUCACCCACAAUCAAAGAACACCUAUACACCACCAUUGCCCUCUUCAUCCCCAUCCUUGUUAUUGGAGUCUUUGUUACAAACCUAGGUCUUCUAUAUCAGCUCAUUGGAGGCUUCUGCUCCACCUUCCUCGCUUACAUCAUACCCGGCGCAUGCUAUUUUUUGGUUUUCUGGAGGAACGAUUUCAUCGGCAGCGUUGGUGGUCUCUCAAGCUUGCCUUCAAACGAUGAUGAGUAUGGAGAAGAUCGCUAUGAGGAUGAUGAGGAUUCAUUGGAUGAUGAGCAGGAGCGUUUGAUAAAACAAAAGUCGGCAGUGGUUAAAACAUCCACCUCCUAUGGAGCAACUUCGCCAUCACUCUCUACACCUUCGUCAUCUGCAACCGUUCUACAAACUACCGAAAUUUCCAAGAGACGUAAGGAAGAUCGUAAGACUGAAUUGUGGUUAGAUAUCGGAGCAGGUGUACUUGUAGUCUUUGGUGUGUUUGUAAUGCUCAUUUCGACCGCAAUUACCCUCAAAAAGAUGCUUGAGGUUGUAUAGUUGUACAAUAUGGAGGCUUUUUUUUUCAACUGUACAUUAUUUCUAUUUUUAACCGCAGCAAAAGUUAGUAUAAUAGAGCAAGGUUCUCAUUCCAUUCCUUUACCU